AUGGCUAUAGUUAGCGCAAAGUGUAUGAAAUAUUGUCCGAAAGAUUGUGUGACCGUUGAGUACAACGCACGGGUCGUGUCGAGCGAUACACUCAUUGGUAACGAAUUGUGGCAUAACUUGAGUCUCGAUAAUAGGUUUACAGAGAUGUCGUUGGUUUGGGAUACGACUCAACCCCUGUAUGUCUAUCGGGCGGAACCGGUGCUGUCACUGACGGACUAUAUGUCAUAUAUUGGAGGACUGAUUAGCCUAUGGUUUGGUACUAAUGGCAAAGAAUUUCUCAUUUGGUUUCUAACAAGUUACAGGUAUCUUACUUGUGGCUACAAUUAUUGGACUGACCAGGGUGUAAUCGGACCCAGACCAUUACCAAUAUUUGGCAAUAGGAUCGGCCUAUUGACAAAACACGUGCGACAGCAUUACGAGUGGCUAAACAAAUAUGGCAACAUUUAUGGCCAUUACGUCGAAAAUGCCACUCCGGUGCUAAACAUCGCCGACCCUGAGCUUAUCAAAAUAAUCCUGAUCAAGGACGCGCAUGUGUUCCCCGAACUGAGCAAGGCCAAAGUGUUUGUGGCCUCGUUUCACGACAAAAUGUUGUCCCUAAACGCCAACGACUGGCGCCAGUUUAGGCUCAGCUUCGCACCCACCCUGACCUCCGCGCGCAUGCGUCAGAUAUACCCACGCCUUAUGGAGUGCGUUACCAACCUAACCGACCAAUUAGGUCGGUGUCCGACGCAUGGCAACGCCCCGAUUGACAUAAAGGAUAAUCCGUUAAUGACCAGGGCUAGGCAAAUGACCGCUAGGAACGCCUACCUCGAACUGGCCCAGUUACUUUUGCCAAAGUGGGUGCACCAUUGGCUGGGUGUGGAUUAUAGUGCCGGUGCUAUCGAGUAUUUUGUGCAGGCUAUACGACAUAAUGUUCAACAGCGCCGUAAAUGCCCGGAUGAGAUAUACACGGAUUUUAUUCAGUGGCUAAUGGAUGCCAAUAAAAAAUUUAAUACCACGGAAGCAGAUAAUAAAAUCGUGGCGGUAGCAAUAACCAUGACCCAGGGUAAUUACGACAACAUAGCAACUGUGGUGGCCAUGUGUUGCUACGAACUGUCCCGCGAACCGGAAUAUCAACAGAAACUGUACGACGAGCUAAUGGGCGCCGACACCGACCCUAAUACCGGACAUAUAACAUACGACUCGCUACAAGGGUUGGCCUACUUGGGAGCGGUAGUCGACGAGACACUGCGUCUACACAACAAGGGAUAUGUCGUAAAACGGGUAGCCAAAUACGACUACCCAUUGGCGGAUACUGGACUAGUGAUUGAGCAAGGUCAACAGAUCAACAUACCUACCGGCGCCAUUAAUUAUUCAUCAAAAUACUACCAAGAUCCGUUCACUUUUAAUCCGGAUCGCUUUACGCCAGCUAAUAGGAAUCGGAUAGACACGUACGCCUACCUGCCCUUUGGUACCGGCCCUCGUAUGUGUGUCGGCUGGAGGUUCGCGUUGCUGUGCGUAAAGUUAGCGUUGGCUCACGUCGUGAGGGGCUAUAGACUCCGUCGAACCCCCGGCACUGAACGGGAUAUACGUAUGGAGUUUCGCGAUAAGGUGUUUGUCGUGAUCGAGAAAAGGGUUUACGGAAUUUAUUCUGCGAUUCCGAUUCCGUGCGAUAUCUCAAUAGUAGAUAGCGUUGCAUAUAACGGCGUCGGCAUCCCAUUCCCCACACAUAUUCCGUCCAUAAGCGGUCGAUGGAUA